AUGGCCGAAGAACAACAGAUCAACCUACUAGUCUCGCGGAGAACAACGAUGCUGGAAGCUCUGGGUCGGGCAGAGGCAUUUCUUCGAGACUUCAACGCUCAACGCGAUGGACAGCAGGUGCCAUUGAGGCUGGAAUACCUCAACCGCAUAUGGACGUCACUUGAAGAGGUACAGGCUCAACUGGAGGACGGUGAUGUGGAAGGUAGGGCAGAGCAUGCUGCUAUACGUGCGGACUUUGAGCCACGUCUAUUCUCAAUAAAAGCUGCAUUCAUUUCCUAUUCGCCUCCUCUUUCUGUUAACGCUGGCAACCCUCAACCCCUGCAUGCUACUUCCACUCUCUCUGGCAUCAAACUGCCGACAAUUUCGCUUCCUGAGUUCGAUGGAGAUUAUAAGCAAUGGCUAACUUUCCACGACACGUUUUUGGCUUUAAUCCACAACAACGCUGAUGUUCCGCCUAUUCAAAAAUUUCACUACUUAAGGGCAGCCGUCAAGGGGGAGGCUGCUCAACUGAUCGAAUCCAUCGCUAUUUGUUCUGCUAAUUACUCUCUGGCUUGGCAAGCUCUCGAAGGGCGGUACUCCAACGAAUAUCUGCUAAAAAAGCGACACCUGCAAGCACUCUUCGACAUCCCACGCAUGAAGAAGGAGUCUGCAGCAACACUUCACGGAUUGGUGGACGAAUUCGAACGUCAUACGAAGAUUCUUCAUCAUUUGGGUGAGCCGACGGACGCCUGGAGCACGAUCCUAGAACACUUAUUAUGCACGCGACUGCACGAUGAUUCACUGAAGGCCUGGGAGGACCACGCAUCCGUAACUGAGAACCCAAAUUUUGCAUGUUUGAUCGAUUUCCUUCAGAGGAGGACAAGAGUACUGGAAUCGAUCUCGGUCAACCAUCAUCAAUCUACUAGCACGACAAACACAAACGAUGGUGCGUCCGCUAGUCAUUUCCGGAGACAAUCACAGUUUCGUCUCUCGUCAUGCGCAUCAACCGCUAACUAUUCUUUCAGAUGUCCCAUAUGUAGUCAACAGCAUUCGUUGGCGAGAUGCGGCAAGUUCAACAGCAUGUCAGUGAACGACCGACAACAGCUUGUGAACACGAAACGAUUGUGUCACAACUUCCUACGGGGGGAUCACAUAGUCCGCCAAUGCCCAUGUGACCUGAAUUGCAAGAAGUGCAAUCAGCGUCACCACACUUUAUUACACACGAGCCAAUCCGCCGGUCCUAAGAAGGUCAGCAACGACGCUGUUUCUCGUUCAACGUCUUUCGUCGAUUCGGCUGACAGGGCUACGUCGUCGUCUUCUCCUGUAGUUUCCGAACAAACCAUGGUAGCAGCUGUUGAAGAUGAUUCGAUUGUCGAGACGAGUGUUUCUCUCCAGCAUCCUCGUGAAAAUGUCUUCUUGCUAACCGUCAUCGUAAAUAUCGUCGAUGCUUAUGGACAACAUCACCCCGCUCGUGCUUUAUUGGAUAGCGCAUCGCAACCGAAUUUGAUAACCGACCGCAUGGCUCGUAUCCUCCGCCUGAAGAAGCAUCCCGUCAACGUUACCGUCCAAGGGGCCGGACAGUUAUCCAAAGUCAUACACGAGUCCAUCUACGCCCAAGUUUCAUCCAGAAAGGAGCAUUUUUCUUGCGGAGUUAAUUUCCUAGUAAUGGACAAACUAACUGCCAACCUUCCUGCGCAAAAUGUCUCCAUAACCGACUGGAGAAUUCCAAAGGAUCUAUUCCUAGCAGAUCCAACAUUCAACAAGAGCCAACCAAUCGAUGUAGUGCUGGGGGCCAAGCACUUUUAUUCAUUCUUCCCGAAUGCCGCACGAAUACAAUUGCAUGGCAAUCUCCCGCUCCUGGUUGAUAGCGUUUUCGGAUGGAUCGUUGCGGGCUCUGCCGAUCUAGUGUCCCCCAAGAUCAAUCCAUCGUCCAAUUCUAGCAGUCUCGUGUGUGUAUCUAUGGUUUCCUUGGAAGAAACUCUGGAACGUUUCUGGAAAAUAGAAGAACUAACAACCAAGGACAACUACUCCGUCGAAGAAAGGCGCUGUGAAAAACUUUACCAAUCGACAGUCUCUAGAAACCCUGACGGACGGUACAUAGUUCGCCUGCCUCGGAAGCCUGAUUUUGACGACAUGUUAGGCGAGUCGAAGGCAAACGCGCUGCGACGGUUUGAGUAUUUGGAGCGACGUUUGGAGCGAAACUCCGAGCUGAAGGUUGAGUAUCACAGAUUCAUGCAGGAAUACAUCGACCUCGGGCAUAUGUAG